AUCUUGGAUGACAUUCUGUCUGUCCUUAAAGCCACCCCCACCAACUCUAGUCCUGGGAUGGAUGGUUUGCCCUAUCCACUGUGGGCUCGGCUCUUCUCUCACCUAACGGUCCAAAAUCUUGCAGUUCAAGUCUAUAAUGAUGCAAUGCAUGGUGUUUUUCCUCCAUCUUGGCUAGAAACCAUACUUGUUCUGCUAUCAAAAGCCGGUGACACUACCUCUCUCCGCAACUGGCGACCCAUAUCUCUUAUAAGCUGUGAUGCUAAGUUGUUUACCAAAAUGCUCACGUCCCGUUUA